UUAUGUCUAUUAUCACCCAUUGAUAGUAAUAUCAAUAACCCAUAGAAAACCUCGUGUUUUGAUUUUAUUGUAAUAUUUUUUUUGUUUGUUUUUUAAGUAUUAUUGCCGACAAUCGGGUAAAUAAUUACCGGUUAUUACUUGACGGACACACACACCGAAAACCCGGCGCAUAAAAUAUGGCAUUAAAUACGUUGACCAAAAUUCCCGAAACUCGUGACCUGACCCGUAUUGAACGUAUUGGUGCCCAUUCGCACAUCCGCGGACUGGGUGUCGAUGAACUACUGCAGCCGAAAGAAGUUGCCGAAGGUAUGGUCGGCCAGAUGACUGCUCGACGAUCGGCAGCGAUCGUAACCCGAAUGAUCAAAGAGGGUAAGAUUGCCGGCCGUGCGGUACUGAUUGCUGGCCAACCCGGUACUGGAAAGACAGCCAUAGCAAUGGGCAUAUCCAAGGCUAUAGCUAGGGAUACACCGUUUGUGGCCAUUUCGGGAUCGGAAAUAUUUUCGUUGGAAAUGUCCAAAUCCGAGGCACUGAUGCAGGCCUUCCGUAAGGCCAUAUGUGUCCGCAUUAAAGAGGAAACCGAGAUAAUCGAGGGCGAAGUGGUCGAAAUACAAGUAGACCGGCCGGCGGCCACUACGGCUGCGGCUGCAACGGCCAAUAAAGUCGGCAAAUUGAUUAUCAAGACAACCGAAAUGGAAACCGUUUACGAUUUGGGACAGAAAAUGAUCGAAAGCCUGACCAAAGAAAAGGUUACCGCCGGCGAUAUCAUUACCAUCGAUAAGGCUACGGGAAAGAUCACCAAAUUGGGUCGCAGUUUUACCCGGGCCCGCGAUUACGAUGCUAUGGGACCGCAAACCAAGUUUGUCCAGUGUCCGGACGGUGAACUACAGAAGCGUAAAGAAGUCCAACAUUUGGUUACUUUACACGAAAUCGAUGUCAUUAACUCCCGAACUCAAGGAUUUCUGGCCUUGUUUUCCGGAGAUACGGGCGAAAUCAAAGCCGAAGUCAGGGAACAAAUCAAUGCCAAAGUUAGCGAAUGGAAAGAAGAAGGCAAAGCGGAUAUAGUUCCCGGCGUACUGUUUGUCGAUGAGGUACACAUGUUGGACAUCGAGUGUUUUUCGUUUAUCAAUCGGGCCAUUGAAUCCGAGUUUGCACCCAUACUGAUAAUGGCCACCAAUCGCGGUAUAACACGAAUACGUGGUACGAAUUACCGAUCACCGCACGGCAUACCCAUCGAUAUGUUAGACCGAUUGGUAAUUAUAUCGACACAACCGUACAGUGAAAAAGAGAUCAAAGAGAUACUGAAGAUCAGGUGUUCGGAGGAAGACGUCGAUAUGUCCGAUGAAGCUAUGGUUGUACUGACAAAGAUUGCGACCUCCAGUUCCUUGAGAUAUGCACUCCAGUUGAUAACCACUGGUCAUUUGGUAGCAUUGAAACGCCGUUCAACACAGGUUACCACCGAUGAUAUCAAACGAGUCUAUUCGCUGUUUCUGGACGAACGCCGUAGCGAAGAAUUUCUCAAACAAUAUGAACAACAGUUUAUGUUUCACGAUAUGAUGACCAACGGUAUGGAGGCUAACGGUUCCUACGGUAGUACAGCCGACAAGACAGUAGACAACACUACUACCACCGCAAACGCCAACAACAACAACAAGACAUCACUGGAAUCGAUGGAAACUUCAUAAAAAACAUUUAGAUCAAGAAAAUCAUU